UUUUCUUUUUCUCUAGCAGACCGUAAGUUCAUUUACUAACAUUCUUUGGCGUAAAGUCUCCGACGAAUGUAUAGUAAUGUUGGCGGAAAUGCCCUUAUUAUUCGUAUAUUUUCAAUAAGCAAACCUAAUGAAGGAGCAAGUACUGCCUUUAGCAAUUGCUUACCGACUAUGAGAAAUUAAUUUGAUUAAACUCGCAAGUAAAUUUAAAAUAAAAGUUUUUAAAUAGCAAUAAAUGUGUUGCUAUCGCAUUCUGUUUUCAUUCAAAUCAAGGUAAAACAGCUGAAGAGCGAGCUUAAAUCAUCAACAUCUCUGAGAUAUAUAUUUUCGUUUAAUGAGUUAUGCCGGAUUUUUUUUUUUAAAUAUACAUUGCAUAUUUUCGAAUUAUACUUAUUUUAAUAUAAUAUUCUAAAGCCUCUACAUUUUUUUAAAAAAAAAGUGUCGCAAAAUAAUAAUUAUUAAAAGUAACCCAUGUGUUUUCACCUCUAACAUUUUUAUUGCAUCUAUGGAUCUCUACGGCCCAGCUCUACCACCAGGCUAUGUGAAACCUGAUGAUGAUGAAUCUGAUAAUGAUUCCAAUGUGUCUGAAAAACAAUCAAAAAGAUCACCGAAAAUUAUUGGACCUCAGUUUCCUGACUUUUUACAAAGAAAAUUAUGUGAUGAAACUACUGAAAAUUCUGGAGAUUCUGAAACCAGGAAUUCUAUAGGGCCAACAUUGCCAUCAUCAUUUCAGAAUUCAUCAUAUAAUGAUGAAGAAGAUCAUGAAUCAUAUGGGCCUCUUCCAAAUCAAUCUUCUGGUGAAUCUGAUUUAUAUGAUCAAAGAGCUGCUAUAGAAAAGCGUGCUGAAAACAUGAGAAACAAAUUAGACAAUAAAUAUACUCCUUUAACUGAAAGUCUUCAAAGAGAAGAAUGGAUGGUAGUACCUGAUACUUCAAGCAAAAAUCAAUUGGCUGCUAUUUCACAAUGUUUAGCACCACAGAAACCUGCAUUGAAGGAGAGACAUCAUCAUAGACACUCUGAAAAAGACAAGAAGACAACUGAAGAGCUAAAGAAAUAUAAUAAAUCAAAACGUUCCGAAUCUCUGUUGGAUAUGCACAAGAAAAGUUUGAAAAAGAAAUCAAAAGAAAAAAACAAGCCUAAUGAGAGAAAAGCCUUUGAUAGGGAUGAAAUUGGCAUUAAGCAAUUCUCAAAGCAACAAGUUAACACCAUAGUUGAUAAGGCAAAAUACCUCAAUUCUCGAUUUGGAUCUGGGAGUCAACAGUAUCUUUGAAUCGCAUUGUUUGUUCAUUUUCACAUCAAUGUAUUAUGAAAACUUUUGUAUUAUAUAAAAUUUCCUCUAUUGUAUAAUAUAUAUAAAAAUUGACCCGUUUCUUUUCAUGAUAAAAUGGUUGUAAAUAA